AUGGCUCACCCACUUGAUUCCCCGCGCUUUUCUUCUUCCUCCUUAUCACCCUUGCAACUUCAACUCUCGUCAAAUUCGCCCUCAUCCUCGCUGUCAACAGCUCGAUCGCGCCUCUCCAACAUAUCGCAGCACAUCAUGACAUCCUCCUCGUCGAUAUUCACGGCUUCGUCCGUGCCAAAGGCCCCAGAGGACCCCCUUUUUGGCUUGAAGCGCGCCUACCAACAGGACAGCGCCGAUACAAAACUUGACCUGGGCAUUGGCGCUUACAGAGAUAACAAUGCGAAACCAUGGGUUUUACCUGUCGUGAAGAAGGCCGAUGAGAUCCUCCGCAAAGACCCAGAUCUCAAUCACGAAUACCUCCCCAUUGCCGGUCUGGCUGAAUUCACCAGUGCUGCCCAGAAACUCGUCCUGGGCGCGGAUUCCCCCGCCAUUCGGGAGAAGAGGGCCGUAACCUUCCAAACUAUCUCUGGCACCGGUGCCGUCCAUCUAGGCGGUCUUUUCCUGUCCAAAUUCCACCCUUCCCAACCCCCACCAACAAUCUACUUCUCCUCCCCAUCCUGGGCCAACCACCAGCAAAUCUUCUCAAACGUCCACCUCCGCACAGCAUCCUACCCCUACUACUCCCCCGCAACCAAAGGCCUAGAUAUAGAUGGCAUGCUCAACGGCCUCCGUUCCGCUCCCCAUGGCUCCAUAGUCCUCCUGCACGCCUGCGCCCACAAUCCCACCGGCGUCGAUCCAACAAGAGCACAAUGGAAACAAAUCGCCGCCGUCAUGCGCGAGGCAAACCACUUCCCCUUCUUUGACACUGCGUACCAGGGCUUCGCGUCCGGCGACCCAAAGCAUGACUCCUGGGCCAUCCGCUACUUCGUCGAGCAAGGGUUCGAGCUGUGCAUUGCGCAAUCCUUCGCAAAGAACUUCGGACUCUACGGUGAGCGUGCGGGGGCGUUCCAUUUCGUCACCGCGCCCGGCCCGCAGGCUGUCGAGAGCGCUGCCCACAUCGCAUCGCAGCUGGCUAUAUUACAGCGGUCCGAGAUUUCGAACCCACCCGCGUACGGGGCACGGAUUGCGUCUUUGGUUCUUAAUGACCCUGUGUUGUAUAAGGAGUGGGAGGAAAAUUUGCGGGAGAUGAGCGGGCGGAUUGUUGAGAUGAGGAAAGGUUUGAGAGAGCGGUUGGAGAAGAAGGGGACGCCGGGGAGUUGGGAUCAUAUUACCGCUCAAAUUGGCAUGUUUAGCUUUACGGGGCUGAGUGAGGCGCAGGUUGCGAGGCUGAGAGAGAAGUGGCAUGUUUAUAUGACCAAGAACGGCCGUAUUUCCAUGGCUGGCCUGAAUACCCAUAACAUCGACUACUUCGCAGAGGCAGUGGAUAGCGUUGUGCGGGAGAUUGCGUAG